GCUGAUGCUCUUUGCUGUCGGAUCACAGAUUGCUGGCACAGUGGAGGUGCCUAUGGAGUUGAUGAUUAAUGUAAUCGACCAGAAUGACAACCGCCCUGAAUUCACUCAGAACAUCUUCCGGGGGAAUGUGCCUGAAGGGGUACCACCAGCUACGUCUGUGAUGACCAUAAGUGCUACAGAUGCUGAUGACCCUGAAACUGACAAUGCUAAGCUUGGGUACUCCAUUGUGAGCCAGGAACCAAAAUUACCAUAUCCAGAAAUGUUUACAGUCAACAAAGAAACUGGCGUCAUCAGCACAUUGGCAGCAGGGCUCGACAGAGAGGCUAUUGAGGAAUACACCCUCAUCCUUCAGGUUGCAGAUAUGAAUGGAGAAGGUUUGACCAAUACAGCAACUGCAAUUAUCUCAGUCACUGAUGGAAAUGAUAAUGCACCCCAAUUUGAUCCAACCUCAUAUGAAGGGAGUGCACCAGAAAAUAAAGUUGGUCAUGAAAUAGUCCGGCUAAUUGUGACAGACAAGGACGUCCCACACUCAUCAGCAUGGGUAGCCGUAUACAGCAUACUAAAAGGGAAUGAAGGAGGCUUCUUCAACAUAACAACCGACAGCGAAAGUAAUCAAGGAAUUCUGAAAACUGUGAAGGAAUUGGACUUUGAAACUACAAGCAAGUAUACUCUUAUUGUAAUCGUUAAGAAUCAAGCACCCUUCUCAAUUCCUAAUCUUUCGACGUCAACUUCAACCAUCACCGUAUCCGUUACUGAUGUGAAUGAAUCACCAAUUUUUACUCCUACAGAAUAUCGUGUUGACAUUCUAGAGAACCUGACCAUGGGGCAAAUGGUGGCAUUCUACCCAGCCAAAGAUCCAGAUACAGCACAAAAACAAACCGUAACAUAUGAAAUUGGCAGUGAUCCAGCAAGCUGGCUGGAGAUUAACACUGAAACUGGAAUAAUUAAGUCAAAGGCACAACUGGACCGAGAAUCAGAUUUUGUGGAAAAUGAUAUAUACAAAGCACUUGUUUUAGCUAAAGAUGAUGGAAUCCCUAAAGCUAUAGGUACUGGGACCCUGCUGCUGAAGCUUAUAGAUGUAAACGACAACGCUCCUGAGCCAGAUCAACGCAGCUUUAUAAUAUGCAAUGAGAAUCCAUAUCCGGUAUCGCUUAAUAUCAUAGACAAAGAUUUGCCACCACACACCCACCCUUUUAAAGCCAAACUUAUGAUGAAUUCUGAGAAAAACUGGACAGCAGUGGUGCAAGAUAACCAAGUGUCCCUUAAUAUGACACGGACGUUAGAGCCCGACACGCACAAGAUUUAUCUGCAACUUGAAGAUAACGGAAGCAAAACGCAAACAACCGUUGUCACAGCAACCGUCUGUCAAUGCGUUGGACAAGAUGUCAAUUGUGAAUCAAGGAUUUUUAAUGCUGGUGUUGGCCUGCCUACUAUACUGGCAAUCCUGGGAGGCAUUUUGGCAUUGCUAAUUCUGCUGCUGGUACUACUGUUGUUUGCAAGGAGAAAGAAGACCAAGAAGGAGCCAUUGCUUCCUGAAGAUGACACUCGAGACAAUGUUUUUUACUAUGAUGAGGAGGGCGGUGGAGAGGAAGACCAGGAAUUUGACCUGAGUCAGCUACACAGAGGACUAGACAACAGACCUGAAGUGACUCGCAAUGAUGUCAUCCCAGUACUUAUGCCGGCACCGCAGUACCGCCCACGCCCAGCCAAUCCGGACGAGAUUGGAGACUUCAUAAAUGAGAACCUGAAGGCUGCUGACAAUGACCCUACUGCUCCACCGUACGACUCUCUCCUGGUGUUCGACUAUGAAGGGACUGGCUCAGAGGUCGGUUCACUCAGCUCCUUAAACUCAUCCAGUUCAGGGGAACAUGACUACGAGUAUCUGAAUGAGUGGGGUCCCCGCUUUAAAAAGCUUGCUGACAUGUACGGAGGUGAUGAUGACUAAUCUGCUGCCACGUGUGGAACCACUAGUGUGACCUCCCCCAUGUGGACAAUUUGUAUGUAAACAAGCGCAUCUUUAUGCAUCUGUUUUGGGAUGGGAGCUCAUGGCGUUACUGAUGUUAAUCCCAUUCACCUCCAAAAUGUGGUUAAUUUAUAGAAUGUUCUGGCUAUCAAGAUACUACUGCAGCCUGACUGUAGGGACAAAGUUGUCUGUAUUAUAAAAAAAAAAUGGAGUUAUUACCAAAGACUUUACUUUAUUGAUUAUAAUUUAAAAUUGAACUUU